AUGUCGACCCCCGAGGCGCCGGUGGAAUCGGCGCCCAAGCAGCGCGAGGACGCGGUGCUGCAGCCGCUGUCGCACCCGGCCACGCAGUUCUACACGCUGUCCUACCUCGUCUUCUUCUCCAUCUUCGGGACUUUGGCCCGCCUGGGCCUGCAAGCGCUCACCGUCUACCCGGGCGCCCCCGUCGUCACCGGCGUCCUCUGGGCCAAUGUCGGCGGCUCCCUCUUGAUGGGCUUCUUGCUCGAAGACCAGAACUUGUUCCGCGAAGAAUGGGGCCAGCCGGCCACUGCCCGCCCCCGCGACGACCCGGACGAGGCCCGCGAGCGAGCCAAGCAGCACACCACCGUCAAGAAGACCAUUCCGCUCUACAUCGGCCUCACCACCGGCUUCUGCGGCUGCUUCACCUCCUUCUCCUCCUUCAUCCGCGACGUCUUCCUCGCCCUCACCAACGACCUGUCCACCCCUUCCCACGACCCCAUCGCCUCGCGCAAUGGCGGCUACAGUUUCAUGGCCCUCGUCGCCGUCAUCCUCACCACCGUCGCCCUGAGCCUGGCCGCCCUCAUGUUCGGCACCCAUCUCGCGCUCGCGCUCGACCCCAUCACGCCCACCGUUCCCUUCCGCUUCACGCGCCGCUACCUCGAUCCCCUCGUCGGCCUCCUCGGCUGGGGCUGCUGGCUCGGGGCCGUCUUCCUCGCCAUCUGGCCGCCCGAUCGCCACGAUCCCGCCCCGGAAGUCUGGCGCGGCCGGGCCGUGUUCGCCAUCGUCUUCGCGCCCCUGGGUUGUUUCCUUCGGUUCUACGUCUCGUUGGCGCUGAAUGCACGCCUUCCAGCCUUUCCCCUGGGGACCUUCGCCGUCAAUAUCUUCGGGACCAUCAUCCUGGCCAUGUGCUAUGAUCUGCAGCAUGUCCCCGGGAUUGGGACGGCGCUGGUGGCGGCAACGGCUGCCUCGUCGAUCCUGACGAGCUGCCAGGUUCUGCAGGGCGUGAUGGAUGGGUUCUGUGGCUCGGCCACCACCAUCAGUACCUGGGUCGCCGAAUUGCAUGGCCUGAGGAAGCGCCGGGAUGCCUAUCUGUAUGGCGUCGUGAGUAUCGCCGUGGCCCUGGCCUUCUUUGUCAUUAUUGCGGGGUCGUUGGGCUGGACGCGAGGCUUUGUCGACCCGGUUUGUGGGUGA